CUUGCCAUCAGCAGCGUUGGCAGUUCCAUUGUUUGCAGCACCAUCGGCAGCUGCUCCGUUGUCCUUGUUCUUCUUUGCGUCCUUGGCCUGUGCGUCCUUGUUCUUCUUUCCCUUACCGUCGUCGGCGUUGGCGGUUCCGUCGUUGGCCGCUGCGUCUCCGGCCGCGGCUUCAGCAGCGGGGUCGGCGGCGGCUUCAGCUGCCUUGUCCUUGCGGGCGUCAAGCUGGGCGGCGGCGUCAUCCUCAACGUCAUCCUCCUCGACGUCAUCCUCAAGGUCGUCCUCCUCAUCGGCUGACGAUGGAUGUUAGUUUCAAUAUGCAUACAUGGGCGGGUGGGUUUAUUAUGUACCUUGCACUUCGGCCUUGCCACGGCGGAGCUUGGGCCUGACAUCGACGUUGGCCGCCAUGCUUAUAUCCCUGACGCGCAGAGCCACGGACGGCUCAUCACGAGUGGGGAGCGCGAUGACUUGGGCAGCGAUGGCCGCAAUGGAAAGGAGAAUGGAGCUCUUCAUUUCGAAUGAAGUGC